AUGGAGGAAGACAUCAAGACCAAAAUCAAGAACUACAAGACAGCCCCUUUUGACAGCCCCUUCCCCAACCAGAAGCAGAGCAGGAACUGCUGGCAGAACUACCUGGACUUCCACCUCUGUAAGAAGGCAGUGACCACUAAAGAAGGCGACGUCUCUGUGUGCGAAUGCUACUGGCGUGUGUGCAAGUCCCUCUGCCCCAUGUCCUGGGUCACAGCCUGGGACCAGCGCCGGGCUGAAGGCAUGUUUCCUGGGAAGGUCUGA